AGGGAGCCAGUCUUCUUUUUAACUUCACGAUAGGUUCCCACCGGCAACAGAAAGGCAUGCGGCGGGAAAAAGAAGGAAACCCCCACCACCACCACCACCACCACCAUCUCCUCCUCUUCUGAAAAGUGAAGCCAUCGCUCGCCUCUUCUCUCUCCUUCUCUUUCUUUAUCCCUCAGGUCUAAGAAGACGAAGUGCCGGUGGGGAACGGAGCGGAGCUUCUUGAAGAAGAGUCGCCGAGGCGGACGAAUCGGGAACCAUCAGAGAUUUUGAAGGAGCCAUUGUGCAAUCCAACAGUUCAGAUGGCGAAAGAAGGUAAAGAAGAUACAACCCGAACCCGUUUAACUAAUGUGUAUAUAUCUUGCCUACGGGAAAAAACAGGGAAAACGAAGCUACAGGGAAAACCCGUUUAGGCCGAGCUGGUUGCCGUCUGAUGAAGACCAAGACCAAGAAUCAGAGAGCAAUAGGGCUCCGAUACGUUCAUUGCAGGGAACUUCUACACAUACUACAUAAAAAUAAAUUUAAGAAAUCCUGCAGGGAAUUUACAAAGCACUCGACCACUCUGCAAAAAUUUAAUACACGGUAGGUGGUAGCAUCAUAGGAUUGAUCAAAAUCUUGAUACUUGGUGCGCCUUGUCCUUUUUUGUAGAUGAUUACAUGUGGGCUGUAAGAUGUGUCUCAGCAAUUUGAUUUUGUUAGGACUUAAAAUUGGUUUAAUAGAGCAAGUAUUACAUGUAUAGGAAUUCUCCCUAGAAGUUCUUAUAGUGAAUGCCCAAAUGUUGUUAUGAAAUACUUUGGUAUUUAUAGAGGCUUAGGAACCACGUAAAGGGGCAAUUUUUGUUUUCUAAUAGUAGAAGAUAGCCUGGGACAGAAAUUUAUGAUAACCGGCUUAAUUCAUAUUAUAUUGUUGUAAUCAUUCCGGGAACGUUAUAACAAGUAGUUUCUGAGGAUGCAACGUGCUGGGAACCGAUCUGCUCCUCCCCUCUCUCCCAGUCUCCACAGACUUGAAAUAAGAUAGAGCUUUCUCUGCAGAGAAGACUGUCUCAAGAGAUGUGGCUGGAUUCUGAGUUAACUAGCGUGACGCUAGUUGCGUCGCACGUCCGAGGAUACGUAAAUGUCAUGACGAACGAGGCAAUGGAGGACCCCGGCGUCAGCAGCAGGGAGAGGUACGCUCGAUUCAUGGAGAACUCAUGUUGCACCCACUUCUGCAUCGGGCCCAACCCCUUCAUGGCCCGGUUCGUGUACGCCCUCCUCUUCCUCCUUGCCAGCCUCCUGGCCUGGGCCAUCCGAGACUACGGCCGCUCUGCCAUCUCCGAGUUCCAGCGAUUAAAUGGCUGCCACGGUGCUCGUUACUGCUUGGGAGCAGAAGGUGUGCUCCGCAUUAGCUUUGGUUGCUCCUCAUUCUUCUUUGUCAUGUUUCUCUCGACGGCUGGCACGAAGAAGUUGGACGAUCCUCGGAAUUCAUGGCACUCUGAGUGGUGGCCUGCCAAGAUCAUCAUGUGGAUGGGUUUCAUAGCAGUGCCAUUCUUCAUACCUUCUGCAUUUAUCCAGCUCUACGGGAAGAUUGCACACUUUGGUGCCGGGGCAUUUCUUCUGAUUCAACUUGUCAGUGUUAUCAGUUUCAUUACGUGGUUGAAUGACUGUUGCCGGUCUGAGAAAAGAUGCCCCAUUCAAGUACCGAUACUCUCCAUUGCUGCAUAUGUUGCUUCCAUUUUGGGAAUUGUCUUGAUGUAUGUGUGGUAUGCAUCAAAGCCAACUUGUAGUCUUAACAUCCUCUUUAUCACUUUGACCCUCGUGCUACUACAACUCAUGACCUUUGUCUCACUGCACCCGAAGGUGAAAGGAGGAUUCCUGUCACCUGGGCUGAUGGGAAUGUAUAUUGUGUUUCUUUGCUGGAGCGCAAUCAGGAGUGAGCCACAGACCGAAGUUUGCAACCAAAAAGCACAAGCUGCAACAAGUGCAGACUGGCUCACAAUCACGAGCUUUGUUAUUGCUGUAUUUGUCGUAGUCAUGGCAACAUUUUCAACAGGAAUAGAUUCCAAAUGCUUUCAGUUCAAGAGGACUCGAGCAGAAUCAGAAGAUGAUGUUCCAUAUGGGUAUGGAUUUUUCCAUUUUGUUUUUGCUAUGGGGGGGAUGUACUUUGCAAUGCUAUUCAUCGGCUGGAAUGCACAUAAAACCAUGCAGAAAUGGACAAUAGAUGUUGGAUGGGCCAGUACUUGGGUCAGACUUGUGAAUGAGUGGCUAGCAACACUUAUUUAUGUUUGGAGGCAGUUUAGAAGAGCACAAGGCGAGUAGAAUCCACAUGAUUAUGAGGAAAAGGUUCUUGAUUCCUGGAUUUCUAUGUCUCCAUUCAUGUCGUGUACAGCAAAAUACCAAUUCAUCAUGCAGCAUUCCAUAAUCCCACAGUUCAAUUCUCGCUGAAGAUACAGAUCAGUUGAAGAAUCUCAAUGGCAAUUUCAAAGUAUAUUUGCCACCCUAGGAUUUCUAUAGAAGAGCAUCCUAAUCAAGCAAAAGCUCGUGCUGUAAAAUUUUCCUCGUUUCUUUACCAAUAUUUGAUGGAUCCUGUUGGAUUACAUAAUAGAAGAUCAAGAUUCUUUAGAAAGCAAGUAAAAAAAUUCAGUACGUCACCAAGUAAUUGGCACACCCUGGAUCAUGAGUCCUAAGUCAAAUACAAAAUAUGAAAUGCUCAUUAAG